GAAGCAGCCUUUCUCGAGCAAGGGACACGGCCAACAGGAAAAGGAUUUGUAGGUGUACUUCACUCCCCCCGCGCUCAUGGACUCAUGAACUCAGAAACAGCACCUUCCCAGCAGCCUGACAUUGGGGGAAAAAGAGCCCGACAUCGACCAAGCACGGACACGCUUGACAUGCACCGAUCCCCCCACCCCCACCCCGUCAUGCACCAAUGGUAAUGGGGGCGCAGCAUGGGCAGCAAAAGCCGCGCAGAAUGUCACCAAUGUAUGUUCUCCACACACUUCGACUCCGCACCUUUGCCGGUGCCACACCAAGUGCGGCAGCUCGCAGGUCCCUCUCAAAGUGCUGACAGCUGCACACACGCCACGCCAUAUACACGCAAAUGCGGCAAAGUAUGUCAAGCAAGCCUUGUUGCUUUCUUCCUUACUUGUUAUACACGCUGUGGAAUGGAAUGCUGCCCUGACGCACAAGAGCAUCCCGCAAGUACCCCGCCGCUCCCCUCGGGCACUUCCAACGGAAAAAGGUGUGCUUGUCUCCUGUGGGGAUCCCCCCAAGAGGGCGGGGGCCCCACGAGUACACUCGGAAUCCGUCAGGAAGGGCCUGAGAACAAAACAGCGUGGACAGGUCAACGCGCCGAGGUGGUCUAUCUUACGAAUCGCGUCUUGUCGACGAAGUAGUAUUCACCGCCUGCAUACAGAAGAGAAUCACCAAUGUGUACGCCAGAUGCAUCCAUCCCCCACCGGCUGUGUCUGUAGUCAUCUUACCUUUCGACACAUUCGCGAAAUAGCAACCCAGGUGCUCCCCGAGACACCCGUUCUCCCCCAAGACCUCAGUGGCGAACACAAUGUCGUCGCCGUCCUCCCACAGAUACAAGAUGUGAUCGAUGAAGGACACCAUGUCUGAACACACACACACACACACACACCUCACCGCUGUCGCCUUCUCCCCUUCUGCCCCUUUCUCUCUCUCAAUUACCAAUCCGUUCCCCUCCUUCUUCGCAUGAGUCCGGGUCGUGAAUUUUCUUGAGGGGCGGCGCCAGCUCUCGGCGAGGUCUAUGGGCAUGCUGAGUCGGCAGGUUGCCCGGCUGCUGGCCGCCGGGGGGAGCCACGAACCCCCUUUGCUGGGGAGGCGCCGUGGGGGAGACGACGGGCUGCCGGUGGGGGAGAGGCUGGUAGUUGCUGCGUAGUGGGGCGGGUGGGCCGACGGGAGGGGAGGGGGGUGGCCGAUGAGGGGCACCUGACGGGCGCAAAGGUGCGGUAGGGACCUGAAACCAAGACACCCACGGUGCUGAAGGGGCAAUGAAUGCUGACUUACCAGACUUACCGGUGAGAGGAGCGAAGGUCCGCUGGGGGGGGACAACAACAGAAGCUGGAGGGUGGUACAUCGUUGCUGUUGAUCAGCUUGAGCAAUGGCUGCGGGAAUUCUCAGAGGGGGAGACGGCUCUCGACUGCCAGUGGCGAGUGGCUCUCCAGGGACGUCAAGUGCAGCGUAUCGACGCAAGGCUGCGAUGAUGCGAGGAGCAAGGAACCAAGGAACGGGAGGGAAGGGAAGGACACUCCUCA